ACUCUUCUUGACAUUACAGUAAACACAGACUCUGCUUUGCCUUGACCGUGCUUUCUCUCUCCUCUCCCUUUCUUUCUCUCUCAUCUUUCAGUUUUUGGAACAAGCUUAGCUCCAAUGAAGAACCCACUUCUUCUCUUUUACUCUUUCUCUCUGUGUAUUUGUACUCACUGACAUUCUCAGUCAGUCCCGAUUCAGCUACUACCGCCUUACUCUACACUUGUUUGUCAGUGGGUGACCUUUUUUUUGUGCUAAUUUUUCACUUAUUUCUCAGUUUCCCCACUUGAUCGUUUUUCUGUCGUGGGGAUCUUGUAUGGAUUGCCUUUUUAUGGGUCGAUUGAUCGAGGUUUGAAUUUGUUUGCUUCGAGUUUUAUUGGGGAUUUUUUGGGGGGGGGGGGUUUUCUGCUUAAACCCUUAACGAUUCUGUGUUUUGGAGAGCGAUGGAUAUUGGGUUGGUUUGAUUUGGGGCCGGGGAGAUGGGAGAGCGUGGUGGGGUUGUGAGCGAUUGCGUUGGGUUUAGGCAGCGGAAGAAUCUUCUUAAUGUUAUCGAUUGAGAGUGAUUGGGUAAAGCUUGAUAUGAAGCUUUCAACAUCAGGGUUUGGUCAGCAGGAUCACGAAGGAGGGGAAAAGAAAUGCUUGAAUUCAGAGCUAUGGCAUGCAUGCGCGGGGCCCCUUGUGUCCCUCCCAACUUCUGGGACUCGGGUUGUCUACUUCCCUCAGGGGCACAGCGAACAGGUUGCUGCCACAACCAACAAAGAAGUUGAUGGGCAUAUCCCGAAUUACCCGAACCUGCCUCCCCAGUUGAUAUGUCAACUUCACAACGUUACGAUGCAUGCAGAUGUGGAAACGGAUGAAGUAUACGCUCAAAUGACAUUACAGCCGCUGACUGCACAAGAGCAAAAGGAUACAUUUCUACCUAUGGAAUUGGGGAUUCCAAGUAGACAGCCAACAAAUUACUUUUGCAAGACGUUGACUGCAAGUGAUACGAGCACUCAUGGAGGAUUCUCUGUACCUCGUCGUGCGGCUGAGAAAGUUUUUCCUCCACUGGACUUCUCACAGCAGCCACCGGCACAAGAGCUGAUUGCACGGGAUCUUCAUGAUGUUGAAUGGAAGUUUAGGCAUAUUUUUCGAGGACAGCCAAAACGACAUCUUCUUACAACUGGUUGGAGUGUGUUUGUUAGUGCCAAAAGAUUGGUUGCUGGGGAUUCUGUACUUUUUAUAUGGAACGAAAAAAAUCAGCUUCUUUUGGGUAUACGCCGUGCCACAAGACCACAAACUGUGAUGCCCUCCUCUGUUUUAUCAAGUGAUAGCAUGCACAUUGGACUCCUUGCGGCUGCUGCUCAUGCUGCCGCAACCAAUAGCUGUUUCACAGUUUUCUACAACCCCAGGGCUAGCCCAUCAGAGUUUGUCAUCCCUCUGACAAAAUAUGUUAAAGCUGUAUUUCAUACCCGUGUUUCAGUAGGGAUGCGUUUUCGGAUGCUUUUUGAGACUGAAGAGUCGAGCGUUCGAAGGUACAUGGGUACUAUAACUGGAAUAAGUGAUCUCGAUCCUGUUCGUUGGUCGAAUUCUCAUUGGCGUUCUGUCAAGGUCGGGUGGGAUGAGUCAACAGCUGGGGAGAGGCAGCCAAGGGUAUCGUUGUGGGAAAUUGAGCCGUUAACUACAUUUCCGAUGUACCCUUCCCUUUUUCCGCUUCGAUUGAAACGUCCAUGGCAUCCUGGAGUCUCGUCUGUUCAUGAUAACAGAGAUGAUGCAUCGAAUGGCUUAAUGUGGCUACGGGGAGGAGUCGGGGAACAAGCUCUACACUCGUUGAAUUUGCAAUCCGCGGGUUCACUGCCCUGGUUGCAGCAGAGACUUGAUUCUUCCAUGUUUGGAAAUGAUCAUAACCAACAGUAUCAAGCCAUGUUGGCUGCUGGAAUGCCGAACCUUGGAGGUGUCGAUAUGCUGAGACAGCAAAUUAUGCAUCUUCAACAGCCGUUCCAGUACGCUCAACAGGCAGGCCUCCAUAAUUCUCUGUUGCAGCUGCAACAACAGCAAUUGGUUCAACAAUCUAUGCCUCAGAACAUCCUGCAAGCACCAACCCAAGUUAUGGCAGAAAACCUACCCCAACAUAUUCUUCAGCAAACGCUACAAAAUCAACCCGAGGAUCUGCCGAACCAGCAACAGCAUACGUAUCACGAUACCGUUCAGGUUCAAAGCAAUCAAUUUCAUCAGGGCGGGCAUUCAAAUGUGCCAUCGCCCACGUUUCCCAGAUCAAACCUUAUGGAUUCGAAUUCAAAUUACCCAGAAUCCAUUUCCUCUAGAAGAAACAUAAUUGCUUCAUCAUGUGCUGAAGGGACUGGAAAUCUUUCCAAUAUUUAUAGAAGCGGGCAAUCGAUCUUAACCGAGCAGUUACCUCAACAAUCUCCUGUUUCUAAGAACGCUCACUCACCGGUUGACGCUCACCCAAACUCGAUGUCCUUUCCAUUUUCUGGUAGAGACUCGAUUUUGGAGCUGGGAAAUUGUAAUUCAGAUUCUCCAAGUCCUACACUUUUUGGUGUUAAUAUUGAUUCAUCUGGGCUUCUGCUUCCCUCUAAUGUGCCCACUUAUGCUUCUCCAUCAAUUGCUCCUGAUUCAACCUCAAUGCCACUGGGAGAUUCUGGAUUUCAGAACUCUUUGUACAAUUGUGUUCAAGGCUCUUCCGAGUUAUUGCACAACUCGGGGCAAGUUGAUCCGUCGAAUCCAACUCAGACAUUUGUGAAGGUUUACAAAACCGGGUCCAUUGGACGUUCGCUAGACAUCUCCCGGUUCAGUAGCUAUCAGGAGCUGCGAGAGGAGCUGGCUCAGAUGUUUGGCAUAGAGGGACAGUUGGAAGACCCUCGUAGAUCAGGCUGGCAGCUUGUAUUUGUCGACAGGGAGAACGAUGCACUUCUCCUUGGAGACGACCCUUGGGAGGCGUUUGUCAAUAAUGUUUGGUAUAUCAAGAUACUUUCUCCUCAAGACGUUCAGGAACUAAGGGAACAGGUAAUCGAGUCCUUCAACCCUAUCGAUGGUCAGCGACUAACCAGUGGUGGCAACGAAGCCGAAAAUGUUUCGGGGCUACCGUCUGUUGGUUCGUUGGAAUACUGAGCUAUUAGGGGAACUGUACGAGCGUUUGGAAGACGUUUACUUUGGAACUUGGAAUCAAACUAGAUAUGCAGUUGAAUGAAUGCCUUCAAAUUAGAUCAGUGUGUGUAAACUCUUUGUAUUCAUAAUUCCUUUGCUUAUAAAUACUCUCAAACAACUAUCAUUUUCAAAGACCGGUUAAAAUACACGCACGUCGUUUACUUGGAUAAGAAAUAUUACACGUUGAACGUCUCGAGCUGUUCAUUUUGAUCA